AUGGCCUUGAAUUUUUCCCAUCGACCAUUCUUUCCGGCCCAUCUGUCUGAGGACAAUUUGGUGUCACCGAUGAGGAUUCGUAAUGGGCCGUGGCAUUCGAAUCGGGAUGUGGAGGAUCCCUUUGAUAGAUGUGAUAGGGGCAGCUCACAGGAGCCAGUUUCGAAUGACAUUAUUGAUCUUUUGCCUUCGGACCCAUUUGGCAUGGAUAUAAGUACCACUUUUACGGCCAUCACGGGUUGGCUGGAGGAUUUGGAACUGGAUUAUGGGUGUUAUGGGAGGGAUGAGGUGGGGACGAGCAAUGGGAAUUAUGAACUUUUUGCAGGAUUGAACUUUAUUUGGAAUAAUGCUAUGAGAUUCCAGACAUUCCCUCGGAAUAUUGGGGUGGAUCGUAAGUCUAAAGUAGGGAGUGGAUCCCGUGGGUGUCACGAAGAGAAGCAGGUGAGUGACAUAUCCUCGAAUGGUGGCUUAGUUGGGUGUUUGAAAGAAAAGCAGGUUGUUGACCCAUCUUGCCAUGGUGGGUGUUCCAAACAGGUUCUUGACACACCCUGUCAUGGUGUGUUUGGUGGGUUUUUGAAAGAGGAGGCGGUUGAUGAUUCAUCUUGCAAUGGUGAAUUCAGUAAUUGUUCAAAAGGGAAGGGAGUUGGUGAUGCAUCUGAUGCAUCAUCCUUCCAAGGUGAAUUUGGAUCAGCGUGUGUAGUGGCUGACAUUUUGGAUUGUGGUUUUUCCAAUCAGCAAAAUGUUGGAGAUGGAGAAGCUCAUGAUGGAGCUUUGAUGUUUGCCCUUAGUUAUUUGGGAGUACGGGAUCUACUUGUCGUAGAAACUGUUUGCAGAUCUCUCUAUUCUACUGUCCGUGGUGACCCCCUUAUGUGGAGAAGUAUUCACAUAGAUCAGCCACUAAACGAAAAAAUCACAGAUGAAGUUCUUCUGCAAUUGACUAAUAGAGCUCAAGGAAAUUUACAAUGCUUGAGCCUGGUUGAGUGUCCGAAGAUUACUGAUGAUGGUCUGAAGCGUGUGCUUGAAAACAAUCCCAAGCUUACAAAGUUGAGUGUACCUGGAUGUACGAGACUCAGUAUUGAGGGCAUUGUGAAUAGCUUAAGGGCUUUUAAGUCUAAAGGCGAACAAGGUGUGAAGUAUCUACGAAUUGGAGGACUUUAUGGUGUGACACAGAAGCAUUUUGAAGAGUUGAAAUUUUUGUUGGGCACUGACCAAAUGCAGCAGAAUGCCCGCAAGCCGCACUUUUAUCACCGAGGGAACUUUUAUUUAUCCUGUGAUGAUGAUAGUGACAUUGAUAUUGAAAUUUGUCCUAGAUGCCAAAACUUGAGGCUUGUUUAUGACUGCCCAGCAGAGGCUUGUCAAGGAAAGGAGCAUCCAACUCAGUUAUGCAGGGCCUGCACGCUAUGCAUAGGGAGGUGUGCUCAGUGUGGUCGGUGCAUUAACGACAGUGAAUACGAGGAAACAUUCUGUCUGGAGUUGCUUUGCUCAGAUUGUUGGAAGCAGCUACUCAAGUCUCAGGAGGGGGAGGAUACAGAGUUUGUUCCAUCCAACUCUGCUGUUCUCCAUGAACAGAAUCAUAGCUUAUGUCGCCAUGGCUAGAUACUGUUGGUUGCGUGGAUAUGCUUUCAUGCUUUGGAUGAGAAAUUCAGGCAUCUAUCAAGGUGAUAUUAUUAAGACUGGUUCCUUUGUCUCAUUGCCGCUCGGGUUAGCUGACUUUGUUGGGUUCAGCCUAUCAGUUUGGCUUCAACUUUGCUGGUUUUCGUAGGGUAUAACUCGUGCCCGCUGUUAUUGCUCUGAUGAAUUGAGAAGGUUCUAUAAAGGGGGAAAAAAAAAGAUGGAGAUGUAGGAAAUGAAGAAGUAUUACUCAAAGUGCAUCCAGUUGAAGGUGUGAACUUCGUUUGUUGGUGAUAUCUUUGGUUGGCUCUGGCACUAAUAAAAGCUUUCUGUGUUGGAUUGCAUGUGAAUAGUGGGUUGUGGAGUCUGUUGGCUAGAAAACUGGGAUGUGAUGUGGUCUAGUGUCUUGGUCAGGAGGGAUUACUUGUUGUAAGAAGCAAAGUGGAAAGAUGACUCAUUUGUUGAGGGGUUUUCCAGUUUUGCCUCUAUGUUGGCUCUUUAAAGGAGGCACUCUUGUACAUGUGGGAUGUCUGCUGUCCUCACAAUACUAUGAGUUCUUCUCUAUUAUGUCUAUUCUGGCUCUUUGAAGGAAGCACUUGUCUACCUGUUACCGUGAAGUGGGAUGUAAAUGUUCCAAUACUGUGAGUUAGAGUUAUCAUUAUUUCAGCCAUGCCCAAUCCCACAGUGAAUCAUACGGAUUGGUCGUCUCUCAGCUGUGCAGUUUAUGUAUGAAGAUUGCUGUCAUAGCACACUCAUCUGUGGUGCACUAAGAGGGAUGAAGUCUUGUGCAGGACUAUCAAUUUCUGUUUGUUCCAUAGAUGCAGUUUGUAUUAUUCAAGCAGGUUAUGCUUGUGCUGUCGAGGAGAAUGUAUGCUGUGCUUGAUAUUGUUCUGGCUGAUAAACUCUGUGUAUAUGGAAAGAAAGACUGUCAAUUCUGCUUCCUUUGAGCUAAUCGAAUGUUGUAAAAUAAAUUCAAUAAUCAAAAUUAUGCCUUGAUGCCAAGCGAUAAAUGUGCAUCAGGUAUUUUAGCAUCUUUUGAGAUUGUUAAUGCACUCUUUCCUGGCGAUGGAUGCUGGGCUCUUGCUCUCUUUGUUGUCGUUUGUACAGGAUUAUCCUUGUUCAAUAAAUUUGAUAUUGGUAUAUGUGA